GCCGCGCCGGCCGCGGGUCUCCAAUGAGCGGCGCGGAGCCUGCGCCCGAGUCCCACGGCUCACCUGCUGCCAGGUAACAGGUGUGGCCUCACCCCACAGAUGACGAUGGCCUUGCCCCCGUGAACUACAGCCUGCCCGGGCACUUGCCCACCAGCAGCUAGCAGGAUGCGGCUGUGGAAGGUGGUCGUGAUGACCCUGGCUUUUGUGAGCAUGGACGUGGGUGUGACCACGGCCAUCUAUGCCUUCAGCCACCGGGACCGCAGCUUGUUGGAGGACAUCCGCCACUUUAAUAUCUUUGACUCGGUGCUGGACCUCUGGGCUGCCUGCCUGUAUCGCAGCUGCCUGCUGCUGGGGGCCACCAUUGGUGUGGCCAAGAACACCGCCCUGGGGCCCCGGAGACUGCGGGCUGCAUGGCUUGUCAUCACCCUCGUGUACCUCUUCGUGGGCAUAUAUGCCAUGGUCAAGCUGCUGCUCUUCUCCGAGGUGCGCAGGCCCAUCCGGGAUCCAUGGUUCUGGGCACUGUUUGUAUGGACAUAUGUCUCUCUUGCUGCCUCCUUCCUGCUAUGGGGACUGCUGUCCACUGUGCGUCCAGAUGCUGAGGCCCUGGAGUCAGGGACAGGGCCUGAGGCAGAGGGCUUCCACGGGGAGGGCCAGCCACCCUCUGAGCAAGCAUCUGGAGCCACACUGCAGAAGCUGCUGUCCUACACCAAGCCUGACAUAGCCUUCCUCGUGGCUGCCUCCUUCUUCCUCAUUAUGGCAGCUUUGGGUGAGACCUUCCUGCCCUACUACACUGGCCGGGCCAUUGACAGCAUCGUCAUUCAGAAGAGCAUGGACCAGUUCAGCACGGCCGUGGUCGUGGUCUGUCUGCUGGCCAUCGGCAGCUCAUUUGCCGCAGGUAUUCGGGGCGGCAUUUUUACCCUCAUAUUUGCCAGACUGAACAUUCGCCUCCGAAACUGUCUCUUCCGCUCGCUGGUGUCUCAGGAGACGAGCUUCUUUGAUGAGAACCGCACAGGCGACCUCAUCUCCCGCCUCACCUCGGACACCACUAUGGUCAGCGACCUGGUCUCCCAGAACAUCAACAUCUUCCUGAGGAACACAGUGAAGGUCACAGGUGUAGUGGUCUUCAUGUUCAGCCUCUCAUGGCAGCUCUCUCUGGUCACUUUCAUGGGCUUCCCCAUCGUCAUGAUGGUGUCCAACAUCUAUGGAAAGUACUACAAGAGGCUCUCCAAGGAGGUCCAGAGUGCUCUAGCCAGAGCCAGCACCACUGCCGAAGAGACCAUCAGCGCCAUGAAGACUGUGCGCAGUUUUGCCAAUGAGGAGGAGGAGGCAGAGGUGUUCCUGCGGAAACUGCAGCAGGUGUACAAGCUGAACAGGAAGGAGGCAGCGGCCUACAUGACCUAUGUCUGGGGCAGCGGGCUCACGCUGCUGGUGGUCCAAGUGAGCAUCCUUUACUACGGAGGUCACCUCGUCAUUUCAGGGCAGAUGACCAGUGGCAACCUCAUCGCCUUCAUUAUCUACGAGUUCGUCCUAGGAGACUGCAUGGAGUCUGUGGGUUCUGUCUACAGUGGCCUGAUGCAGGGUGUGGGGGCCGCUGAGAAGGUGUUUGAGUUCAUUGACCGGCAGCCGACCAUGGUACAUGAUGGAAGUUUAGCCCCUGACCACCUAGAGGGCCGUGUGGACUUUGAGAAUGUGACCUUUACCUACCGCACUCGACCCCACACCCAGGUCUUGCAGAACGUCUCCUUCAGCCUAUCCCCAGGCAAGGUGACAGCCCUGGUGGGGCCCUCUGGCAGCGGGAAGAGUUCCUGUGUCAACAUUCUGGAGAACUUCUAUCCCCUGCAGGGUGGCCGUGUGCUGCUGGAUGGCAAGCCCAUCAGUGCCUAUGACCACAAGUACCUGCACCGUGUGAUUUCUCUGGUAAGCCAAGAGCCCGUGCUGUUCGCCCGCUCCAUCACAGACAACAUCUCCUAUGGCCUUCCCACUGUGCCCUUCGAGAUGGUGGUUGAGGCUGCACAGAAGGCCAACGCUCACAGUUUCAUUAUGGAGCUUCAGGAUGGCUACAGCACAGAGACAGGGGAGAAGGGUGCCCAGCUGUCAGGAGGCCAGAAGCAGCGGGUGGCCAUGGCACGGGCCCUGGUGCGAAACCCGCCUGUGCUGAUCCUGGAUGAAGCCACCAGUGCUCUGGAUGCGGAGAGCGAGUACCUGAUCCAGCAGGCCAUCCACGGCAACCUGCAGAGACACACAGUGCUCAUCAUCGCACACCGGCUGAGCACUGUAGAGCGCGCGCACCUCAUUGUGGUGCUGGACAAGGGUCGCGUGGUGCAGCAGGGCACGCACCAGCAGCUGCUGGCGCAGGGUGGUCUCUACGCCAAGCUGGUACAGCGCCAGAUGCUGGGGCUGGAGCCCCCCUCGGACUACACAGCCAGCCACAAGGACCCACCAGGCAAUGGCAAUCUCAAGGCCUGACCUCAGGGCCUACCUCUCCCUGUGGGCACAGAACCUGCAUCUGCCUGAUACCUGUGCCCGUGGGGCCGGGCAGCCCCCAGCUGCCCUCCGAGCUCAGGCCGUGGCACUGGAGGGUGACCUGCAACGUCCCAUGUUUCACAGCUUCUUGCAUCUUGCUUCCUUCUACCCUGCACCCCAGGGCACCUACUGUCUAGCUGCCAUGAACCAUCCCCUGCUGUCUUCCCACCACCUGGUCUCCUGCCAAGGCAGAGCCACCUUUUUAAACUAAGGUCUUGCCAGGUGUUUUUACUGCUUGGUUUGAGGCACUCCAGUCAACUCUUAGAUUUUAAAAACCUUCUAGUUGGGACUAAUGGUGGACAUAUUCACCAAGAUAUUCUAGACACUACUGAGCCAGGAGUGCACAAUCCUUUCUGUUUGCCCCAGGGAUGUCCACAGAGAACUUGGCACUGCCCUCUGCCCCUCCAGAGAAGGGGCUUCCCUGUUCCUAGAGGGGAUGAAGGGGUUGACCUUUCUGUCCCUCCCCUCCCAACUUGGUGAGUCAGGCCCAGGGUGGGCAGGAGAAUGGGAGGUGGCUGUGUGUCCAUCACUCCCCUGCCAAUCAAAGCCAGUCUCACUGUGAACCACUACUAACCUCAACAGGGGAGUGAGGGGCUGGUCAAGCCUGGUGGGCCUUGGGGUGCCCACAGUCCCACACCCAGCGCUUAAGACCCUUGGCUCUCCCUCUGGCUGGCACCCUUCCCUCCCCUCCCCUCCACCCAUGCUGCUCUGUGGUUGGGAGGCCCCAUGGUUGUUUGCCAGAUGUAUUAUCUUUGAUUGGUGCAUGGGGCUGUGACAAAGCCCAAAGUCUGGCUUUGUUCCAGGGUUGUGAAAUAUUGGGUGACCGGGUCAAUAAAGUGUACUACCUCUGACCUGUGCCCUGGUUAGGUUUUUCUCCAGCUCUGACUCUUCUCCCAGCCCUGCCUGAAGAGAUGCAGAGGGAAUUUGGGUGGUAUGUCUUGGAGCCCAAGUUUCUGUGUUCUUUAUGGCACCAAUAGUGCAAGCACAGAGUUCUGUAGUCAUCUGUCUGUCUUCAUGGGGCCUAUACAGAGUCUCCAAAUCCCAGGGACCUCUGUGUAUCAUGACAGCUGAGGCCCAGCAGACAGCACCUGUUCUUGUCCAUCAGGGUGAGGCCCCCCACACCCACUGGUCCAUAGCAUAGAGAAACCCACCCGUAGCACAGCUCUGCGGGAAGAGAAACCUGGAAGAGCUCAUGGGUUAUGCUCAAACUCACAAUCCUCUUGCCCUAGAGAUUACAGGCGUGUGUUGCCUUGCAUAACCCUGAGUUAUGGGGACACCAGAGAUCCUUGAAGAGAGGCUCUAUAACCUGCCAGUCCCUUUACAUUGUAUCCAGCCCAGUGUCAACCACAUGUGUGUUUCCUUGAUAAAGUGGGGCCCAAGAUCUGACUAUGGCCACCUGUGUCCCCUGCUUGUCCUCAGGGUUUGAACCUGCCUUGAGCUAACUAACCAUCUUUUCUUUCUGGAAGAAGCAUGAGAAUUAUAAGAAUGUGGUCAGGCCAAGGGCUCCCCUGGAAUCUGAGAAGCACCCAGCACUUUUCAUGCAGCUUAUCUAACCCUCACAACCACCCUCAGAGGCCAGUUUUUCCCCGCUUUAAUGUUCAUGAAUCUAGUCAGAGAAGUUGACUUAUCCUUUGUCACACAGCCCAGGGUCCCACAAGCUGAACAUACAAAUAUAGACAACUGAAAAGUUAUCGGGUAUUAUAUUAUCUACAUUCUUGCUGUUCUUAUACUAUUCCAUAAUAAAUACAUUUUUAAAUGUUU